CCCGACUUCUCCAGACUGAGCAGCCGGCGGAGCACACGGACAAGACAGGACCGGGACACAGCAGCAGCAGCAGCAGUCGGUCAGUCGGUCGGUCGGUCGGUGGCACAGAUCCGGGACGCAGCGGAACGGGAGGGAGCGAACAGGAGGCUGCACGGGAAGAGGAAGGAGGAUAUCUUUGUUUUGUGGAGAGGGGGGGUUGUGAGCUGCUGCCUUCGGUUGAUAUAUUUAUUGCAACGCGACAGCGCCUGGAGGAAGAUGAAGUCGCUCGUCCUGCUCUGCCUCUUCGCCGCGGUUACCGCCGGAAAGUCACCUCGGCUGAAAUUUGUUGUGCAAGAGCCGUCCAGGUUCCACUUCAACAAACCUGAGAACUACAUCAGCAUGUACCAUCCGGAGGGAAGUGACACGCUGUACGUGGGCGGCCAGGCGAUGAUCUACGUGCUGACGUUCAGUGACAGAGGGGUCCGCGACCUGCAGAUCCCAGCGGCUUCCGAUCAGACUGCGAUCGACACCUGCAAGGCAAAGGCUGCGCCACUCGAGCUGGAGUGUGAUAACUUCAUCACAGUCAUUCAGAAAGUAAACGACACAUUCAUCGCGUGCGGAACGAACGCCGGGAGCCCGAGGUGCUGGAUGCUGGUAAAUGACUCUGUGCUAACGGACGUCCAGGGCAACGGGCAGAUCGCGUCGGCCUCUGAAAUCUCGCCGCCCUACCCGUCCCAGAAGUCCAUCAGCCUGCCUGCAGAUGGGAGUCUGUAUUCCGCGAUGUCGUCGGUGGGAGGUCACGCCGGCGCAAUCCGCCGAACGUUUGGUCCCCAGAAGCUCCUGAAGACCGAGAACAUUUGGCUGCUGAAUCCUCAGUUUGCCGGUGCCGCCAUUAUUCCGUCUGCGCUCAAGGACAAGGAGGAGAUCUACUUCUUCUUCAGUGAGCUCAACAAGACGGCCAGAGUGGACGAGGAGCCGUACCGAGCUCGCAUCGGUCGACUCUGCACGGUGGACGAAGGAGGCAUCAAAGCUCUGCUGGCCGACUCGUGGACGACCUUCAUGAAGGCUCGGAUGAUGUGCGGCUCAGGCAACACUCAGCAGCAGUACAACAACUUGAAGCAGGCCGUGGUGCUGACGGCGCAGGACAAGAGGGCCGGGGUCUUGUACGGCCUGUUCUCCAACGCAUGGGGCAGAACCGUGAUCUGCGCCUACUCCAUUGAAGAUAUUGACCAGGCCUUCGCCACGAGCAAACUGAAGGGCUACAGCAGCUCAUUCGUCGGCAGUCGCCCUGGAAUGUGUGUUCGCAAAAACGCGACAGCCGGUCACAAUGACAUCAAGAACCUGGGGAUUAUCAGGUACCACCCGGAAAUCGAGGACGUCAUCCGGCCCGUGGGCGUGUCUCCUCUGGACCUGCCCACCGACGACCAGAUCACGCACGCUGUGGCGGACAUCGUGCUGGCGGUCAACGACGAGCACUACAGCGUCCUGUACCUCGGAACAGAACAAGGCAAAGUUCUCAAGGUUCUCCACUCCAGCGAGGGGGUCUUCAUCAUAUCUCAGUACUCCCUGUUUCACAAUGAGGGCCCCGUUCUAAACAUGGCCAUCGACGCCCAGAAGGGACAUCUGUAUGUCGGCACGGCGAUGGAGGUCCAGCGACUGCAGCUGGCUGACUGCCGUCGCUAUGGCGACACAUGCAGGGAGUGCAUCCUUUCCCGGGAUCCGUAUUGCGGCUGGGACAAGGCCAGGAGGAAGUGCAUCGCCAUCCCGCCUGGAUACAACGCCACGACCGGGGCACUGAUUCAGAAUCUGGACCAUUCCAACUCGUCGGUUUGCGGGGAAGCUGCUGCUCUGAAGCAGCGUCGGACUUCACCCAGGGAAGUGGUGGUCCAGUCCAACACCUCUGUCUUUCUCCCCUGCCCCGUGCGCUCCUUCCACGCCACCUACCGCUGGGAGAAGGACAACUGCAUCAAGAACUACCCCUGCCUCUUCUCCGGGGACUUCUGCGUCCUGGGGCCCACCUUCCACACGCCCCUGAAGGAGGGCGUCUUUCGAUGCAUGGCCACCGAGGACGGAUUCAAGGUGGAGGUGAUCUCCGUCCGGCUGGUGAACGACGGCAGGCUCCUGGCCGCCUCCCUGGCCUCCACCUUGGGGCCGUCACUCCUGCUGGCCGCGGCCGCCCUGUGGCUCCAUUAACUGCAGCUAAUGCUAAUGCUAACCGCUCAUCCUUACCGGCUCCCGAUGACAGGAAAAGACAGGGAGCCACUGUUAGGAGGUCAGGUUCGCAGAGCAUUGAACUACAUGAUUGGGUUGUCGGUGCCAAUUUUCAAUUUUUAGAAAGAGUCCAGCAAAAUGUGAGCGAGUUAUGGAUUCAGUGAUUUUUAGCAUAAAGCAGCAGACAGAAGAUCCUUGAUUUUAUUCAAUCUAAAGUGAGUAGGAGUUACUGUCCAUGAACUUGAUUCAAUCAUAAUUAGGUGCUUUGCAAACCUUUCCUCUCUGACUCGAAAACAAACAUAUCCUAUGAGUUGGGCAAAAAAGAGAAAACAAACCAAUACCAGGCCAAUUGUUUUUAUCAUUUCUCUACUUAAUUUGAAAUUGACUUGAUUGUGCUUAUUUGUGAAUAUGUAAACCUUUAAUACCCACUCUCGUACAUCCCAUCGUUCAUCUUGUUAAACUUAUAGCUCAUUAGUACUUAGUAAAACGUCUGGUAUUGAGAUUUAAAAAGCCUUAACACUUCUGGGACAUAAACUCCUAAGCACAAUUUUGCAGUCGAGGCAGAAUACUGCAGACUCGGAUGCACUUGGCGCUAUAAUUAGUGCAGCUGGGUCCGACAACAUCACCGGGAGGAAGUGUCAGCUUUUUGACAGGAAGUAGGCGGAUGGGCAAGAGCUCAUUCUCGAACAUCACUGUGUCUCAGCAACUCCUCCUCAGGCGAGGCAGUUCCUUGCAUAUUUUUAUCAGAUGGCAUCAGACGUCGUCGUUGCGCCUUGUUCACAGCUUUGUCCAUUUUUUUCUUUUCAUAUACGCUAUCGACUCCUCCCCAGAUCAGAGCGGGACGGUCGCUCUCUUUAGAGGAGAGUAAAGUUACUUAUAUUUAUCAAGUGAGAAGCAGAACCUCCUCAGAAUCUUUCAAUUUUAAAAACAUGAAGCCAUUAAAUAAUCAAACUCAUCUCUAUCAACCCACAUGAAAGUUUAAUUCUGGAUAUUUUCUGUUGGGUGAUUCACCGUUGAGUCAAAAUGUCAAACUGCUGUGAUUAUUUUUUUGGCUCAUUCUGUGAAUUCACAGAAAAAAAGAAAGAUCGGGUUUUUUGGGGGAAACCGAGUGAGGAGAAACAACCUGCUGCUGCCAGCGACUCCACUUCCUGUAAACCUGACGGUGCACGGAGAUGUGAACAAGGUGCUGAAGCGAACUCACGUUAUCGUACGUUGCAUUUCAUAGAUUGCCGGGAGAAAAAAAAAAAAAGGCUUGUGAUUAGAUCUGUGAAGUAUGUUCUGUAUUUUAUUGCUCUGCAGAUGCUGAUUUUCUACCAUUGCUGCCUAUGUACGUGACAAUUUGUCUUGAUGGUUUUGGGUUUUUAUGCCAUAGUUAGAAUGUGAUAUGUAACCAUUGACUGCUUCGCCUCUUUCCCCGGGGACGUCAGCGGACGAGAAACACGGUUAGUUUUUCAUCCUUGAAUCUCGAUGCUGUAAAAAAAAAGACUUCACUGAUGUGCAGCAGCAACCACAACCAGCGGCGUGAGCAGUCGGCACAUCAGACACACCUGCGACAUCUCCUCACCCCCGCGUCUGCUCACGCAGCUGAAUCACAGCUCAAUGUAAACAGAAAGGAGUCGUGAAUGUAGCUGCUCUUCACUUCAGCAGUGAAAUGACAGAAACUACAGCGAACCCUCUGAAUACUGAUCAGCCGAGUGAGGGAGGAGGCCUGAGCGCUGAUGAAUUAUGCAGCGGAUUAGCAUGUUCCUCCAGAGCUUUUGAGAAUUACCAUUCGGUAAUGUUACAUAAAUCUGCCCGUGCCGAGCCUUCCACAGUGGCAGAAAUGUCAUUAAUAGCUAAUUAGUGAUUCCUCAUGCGCCGUAUUAGAGAAUUUAUUUUACAUGGUCGGGGGUGCGAGCGGCGGGCGUGUUCUCAGCCGUGAAAACCUCCAGCCAGUGUCGUGCUGCUCGCUCGGUUGUGUGUUGCUGCUCGGGGACCUGCUUGCUUUUUUCCGCACGGAUGUGGGCCAAGGACUGUGCCAUAAAAAAAGAAAAAAGCUGUGUCGGGCCACUUUAUUUACGAAGAUGCUUCAUUACCUCCCCUCAACCCUGAGCGCGUGUGCAACAUCGGUCGUCCCCACAAACACAAAACCCCCACUGCAGGUCCAACAUGCAUACUAAUCGUCUUUGUGUCUCUGUGUCGCCGCCAGGGUGGUAAAUGAACACCAGCCUCCUGCCAAGUGCCGGUGAACCUUCGGCACUUGGCUCCGUUGUGCCAGAGACGUUGUGACAGGAAACUUAACUCGACAAACACAAACGUGCUGCGAGUCAUCGUCCUCUGAAACCUCCUUUAUACUGUAACUGCUGUGUACGUGUUGUCAUUUAACUCCGAAAGCUGUGAUCAGAGGAAGAGAAGCCUUUACUUUCCUAUUAGAAUCAAAUAUAAUAAUCUUCUUGUAGUAUUUAUACACACACACUUUGAACAAAAUUGUGUUGUUUAAGAAUUAGGACUUGUACUUAUACCAUUUAGUACUGACCAGUGCUAUUGUGGUGGAGGAAAUACUCCAAUACCAAUUCUACAAUCAAGUAAAAGUCCUGCGUUCAAAUCUUUAUUUCAUCACAGAAACAUAAAUCUGAAUAUUCUGAUAUGUUGAAUAUGGUAAAUAAUGUGUUUGUGUUUUCUUUGGCUUCUGGCCUUUAUAGCGGCGGUGAGUGAAGGGGAGACAGGAAACCGGGUCAAAGGGCCGAGGCCGUCCAAGCACCAUAACCAUUCAGGUCGCCCAACUACGACAAAAACAAUAACUUCGAUAUUUCAGCUCUUAAAAACAAUAGUGACCAUCAAGAACCAGAAAUCUGUUCAUGUUAGCUUGCAUGCAAUUGUACGUUUUUUUAUCUUUUGUCCCGUUCCUCUCUUAACGAGGAGCUCCGGUCCCCAGGCAGGAGCAGGAGGAGUUGGCCUCUCUCCUCGUCCUCAGCUCCACACGACUUCGCUCCAACGGCCACAGUCUUGCAGCGAACGCGUGGGAUCUGAAUAUACAGCAUUUACCAACCCUUGAAAAACCACAUCUCCUCUGUGUUGCAAGUCCUUGCUUUGAUGUGGAUAUCCACACGGCUGCUUUAUCCAGAUUCACUUAUCGCUCGCUCGCGUCCGACGUCGUCAGCCGCUGCGAUAGCGGCUUAUCUCCUUCAAAGCGAGCUCUUGAUUUGCCUUCAGGAAACCAUCUGCGCUCCACGAGGAAGAGGAGCGGGUCGCUGCUCUGUUUGCUCCGGGGGUUUGAGUGUCAAGUACUGUACAUGAUGUGUGCCCUCAACUCUGUGUCUUGAUAUAACUCAUUUUAAAAAGUAACAUGCCAAACUAUUAUUAUUAUGAAAAGGAAAAAAAAAAAGAGAGAUUUAUAUUGGUGCCAUUGCCAGUUUAAUGCCAUCUCAUUACAUGUAUUUUUAAAUAACAAAUAUCUAUAGUGCAAUAGAUAUUCAUGUAACAAAUCCAUAUUGACAUGUGUUUCCCUGAACAUGUGCCGUGAAAAUUAAUAAAAUAUAACUAUAAAGGAA